AUGAUGAAGGCACUGUACAAAAGUAUCGUGAAUUUUUUGCUCUCGUCCUUUUUCGAGAACAUUGAAGAGAAACAGCUGCAGACAUCGCUAAUUAGAGGAAAGGUGCAUUUGCAAAAUGUUAAAAUUAAGAAAAACUUUUUCGACAUUUUAUAUUUGCCCUACACGAUUAAAUAUGGGUAUAUCAGGUCGUUGGAUCUACAGAUCCCCUUGUUGUACCUGUUCCAGAAGGCGAGUCUCAAGAUCAGUGAUGUGGUGAUCGUGGUGAAGGAGAAAAACUUUAACGAUUUUAAUAUAGAUGAAGAAAUCAAUGGAAUAAAGGAAGCAAAAAAAAAUAAUUUAAAAAUAGAAGACAUUAAUAAUAAAGAAGAUGACUUGAAUAAAAAGAUAAACAAAGGAAUUAAUUACCUCCUGUACGAGCUGUACAAUAAUAUGUCUAUAGAUAUUGAAAAUCUGGAAAUUAUUUUAGAGAGUGCAGAAAAAAAAAAAAACAUUGUAGGCUUAUUAGUGAAAAACGUUUCCAGCGUGAAAAGCCAUAAUAGCGCAAACAAGAUAAAAAAAAAUUUUUCAUUCAGUGAGGUGAUUUUGUACAUGGAAGAUGAGAAAGGCAAGUAUCUACUUACCAAAGUUAUAAAAAAGGAAGAGAAAAAAAAAAAAAACAAAAGAAAUAUUAACGAGGAAGAUAUAUACCACAAGAUAAAAGAUAUCUGUAAUCAUCUACACACAAAAAAAUAUAUCAUCUCCGAAAUCCCUCUUAUUGUUUUAAGCACAAAUUUCUACAUCAGUAAUUGUAGCCAGUAUGCUUAUCGUAAUGCCAAGUUUAUUUUUAAAAAAAAAAAUUUCUUCGAUAUUACAUGCCCACAUUGCGAUAAGUAUCUCUACCAGUGUAAAGAAGUGAAGAAAGAGAGAUCGUUAUUUAAACGUAUUUUUCUUGAGAAGGAGGAGUUGGAAACUCGAAAUAAGAAGCUCUAUUCUGAGUUCAACGCAGAGGUGUGUAGCAAUAAUGGCGAAACGCCUUUCGGUGGCCUGCCCCAGGUGAAGAGGAGGAAAAGAAGGAAGAAAAAGGAAAACGACGACGAUCAGGAUGAAGCAGAAGAUGGCGUUGACGACGAAGCAGAAGGAGGGGUGAGUGGAAUAAGUAGCAACGAGGAGGAGGCUUCACCCAUCAUGAGGAAAGGAGAUGCGAACUCCCCACCUGGAGGAGAAUUGCCCCAUCUGAGCAACGAAAUAAAUGCACCAAGGGAGGAAGCCGAACCCCCCCCAAGUGGCGAAUUACAUAAUGGAAAAAAAUCCAAGAGGAGAUCGAAAUAUAGCGAUAACUGUUUGUACUAUCGAAUUAAGGAUGGAGAAAAAUGUACGCAUGUUGAACAGGUAGACAUUUUGGAGGAAAAAAUAAAUAUAAGAGAAAAUGAAUAUAUGAGUUUCGAGAUUCAUGUGGACAAACUGAAUGUGAGGCUAUCCUUUAAGCACCUUAGCUACCUUUCCGACUUAAUAAUGUAUUACUCAGUUUAUGGUUGCUUCGUGAACGGGCUCUACCUGGAAGAGUGGCUAAAUAUUCCAGAUGUAAAGGAUAUUUUAAUGUACAAACGGGAGUUAAUAAAAAAGAAGAAGAAGGAAAAGCAUGAUAAAGAUUUCAUUGAAAAGUUUGAAUAUACGCACAGUUUUCAAGUUAUAUCCAGUUUACGGAAGCACGCGGAGGAGGCAUCUGUGAUGGGUGGUACCAAAGGAGGUGUGAACUCUAUCGAUAGUAACUCCUCUUCAGCGGGACCCACAGAAAGAACUGAUAACAUCAGUUGCAGUAGUGGCGGUGGAAAAAACUCCAAUAGUAGAAGUGUACGCAAUGGACGAAGCACUGGUAAUCUCUCCGUGAAUUGCAGUUUGAGAGUAUCCAUUGGAAAAGUAAAUUUAAACUUAUACAGUUACGAAAAAAUAACUAAGUCUUUGCAACUCACUGUCGAUACCUUUGAAUACUAUUUUAAAAAUUAUAUAAAUAAUGAUUUUGCCUAUCACAUCCGUUUGAGUGAUGCCAUUUUGAAUUUUGUUUACAAGGGGAGGAAAUAUCCUCUGUUGGAGUUGUUUCCACAACAGGCGCGACAACAUCAAUCCAGGCCUCACCACCACGGCGACGGCGCAGCCCAUAAGAAGGAUGUAUUCAAAAAAAGCAAGUGGAAAAAUAAAGGCUACCUGUUCAACACACAUCUAGGAAAAGGUUCUUCGUCUGUGAAAGGAAAAUGGGAUGCAGUACAAGCGGAAACUACCAAAGUAGAGGAAAACAAACAGAGUGAAUCACAAAAGACAGGCCUUCCAGACGUUCGUCUUGCAAAACAUGAUGAAAAUGAGAGAGCGGAACAAGAACAUCUGAUGGAGUUCAUAAGAGAACCCGCGCUAACUUUCUUUGUGUAUAAAAAGUUUGACACCUCCCAAAGCAAAAUAUACAUUAAGUGCAACCAAAAUGUGCUUAUCACCUUGAGUAUCCGAGAAAUUCACAAAAUCAUGAAUAUGAAUUAUAAGUACAACACAGUAAAUUUAGAAAAAAAAAUUAAAACUUAUAAAAGUUUGUAUUACUACUACCUACUAGGAAAAAAGUACUGCAAGGAAAUGUACGUGGCAUCGGAAAAAAAUUUCAUCGAUAUGAAUCUCCAGUUAUUCAACAACGUGUACGUGAACUUAGUAUUAAAUAAAAAGUACUCCCUUCUCGUACGACUUAAAAAGAUUCGAUGGAAUUCUUUUUUUUUUACCAAAACGCAUUUGAAGAACCAUGUGGAUAGACUGAUCAUGCUUUCGGAGUAUAAUGAUCUGCAUCCAGAGGAGAAAGUUCGGGGCGAGGAGAAGGAAUCCAAUUCAAGGCAAAACGCCCCGCGGAAACGGCUCGAUGGGGAGUCUAUGUUUGGCGGGUCCGCCUCCUCCGUGGACUUAGCGCGCGAGGGGCCUAUGAAGGAAGGGAAGGAAGAAAAAAAAACAGACAACAAAGGAGAGAACAAGGAUUUCAACAAAGGAGAAAACAAGGAUUGCAACAAAGGAGAGAACAAGGAUUGCAAUAAAGGAGAGAACAAGGAUGGCAACAAAGGAGAGAACAAGGAUUGCAAUAAAGGAGAGAACAAAGAAGACAACAAAGAAGAUAACAGAGAAGAUGCGAAGGCGCAUAUCACAGAAAAUGGCACUGCCAGUUUGGAACCCCCCCCCGAUAAGUGGAGCGAAGACGAUGGCGCUAAUGGCCCUCAAGGAAUCUCUUGCCUAAAUAAGAUCAAUCGAGAAAAUACAACAGAUAUGCCUAGCUGUAACCCUGCGAAGGGAGGAACUCCUGGUGGAAUGGCCCCACCGUUAGAACGAGAACAUACGAACGAGCAACAAAAUCUCACUAACAAGUGCACAGUGCACGAAAGCACCUCCAUGUGUGAAGACAGUAAAAUGACUAUGAAAUACAGGAAGCAUUAUCAAGAUUUUUUGCGAAGUAACAAUUUAGCAGAUGUAGAGACGGCGAGGAAAAUGUGCUCCAAUAAUAAUUCAUGCAGUUUUAGCCAUGAGUGGAGUGUAAAUGGUAGACUUGUCGACGAUGAACUAAAUAACCAUUCCAUCAAAGGUGGUGAGCAUAGCAGUAUUGACGGAGGAAGUGAGCGUCGAACAAUUGUACGUGAGCGAUAUAUCUUCCAGAAUCAGCGGAAAAACGUAGGAAAUGAGAAGGUUGAAUCCAGUAUCGAUGUGAACGUAGAGAGGCAGGCUAGCCGAGAUGUAUCCUCCAUCAGGGAAAUAGACCCAGCAGACGAUCCCCACGCAGAGAGAGAAGAAGGUGCCAUCACGACUAUAGAGCAAACUAGAAUAAGCUUUGAAUUUUCCAUUUUUAUCAUUAAAAACAAAAGUGAAGAUAACAUGCAGAACGCCCUGACGAACAAAGACGAAAUAAAUAAGAGGUACCUCUUGAAGCCACAAAAAAUUUACCUGGACCAAAUAACAUACAAUUCCAAUGAUAGCACAGAGAAGAAGUUAUCCUUUAUCCACAGUAAGGACAGACAUCACUUGAGCCUUAACCUAGAUGACAAGACCAUUUUCAAAUUUGUGUUCUUCUACUUUCACUACAUGAAUUAUAUUGACUAUAUAAAUUACUAUUUUAGGAGGAGAGAGGAAUGUAGCUAUUUGAAUUUAAAUACCAUUGACAUACGAAGUUAUAAAACGCUGCAGAUUCUGCUUGACAAUGCUGUGGCUACGGGGAGGGGGGAAGUGGAAGGGGGAGAAGUGGAGAAGGCGAUGGUGAAGGAUGUGACAGAGGAAGUGCCUUACCACAAUGGAGAAAGAACCCUACCCUCCGGGGAUGCUCUCACGGAUGGAAGAUGCGGAGCGACCGCCUCGCAGUUUAAUUCUCCCAUCCAGUGUAUAGAGGGUACCAGUGGGAAGAAAGAACUCCCCCCUAAAGGAGAGGCUCAUGAAGAAGCAUCUCAGCGAGCGCACCACCAAAAGGAUGAGCUGGAGGAGGAAGCAAGAAAUCGCAAGGCGCAAGAAGGGGAGAGGAGGCGAGACAGAAAGUACAGUCUAAUGAUGAGCCAUCACAAUCGUCAAGGAAGUUAUCACUAUCGUCAUGGUAUUCAUCACAAUCGCCAUGGGAUUCAACAUAGUCGCUACGGAAUUAAUGAGGAGCACACAGGAAGGGAGUACACCCAGAAUGAUAAUCUCCAAAGCGAACAGACCAUCGGAGGAAACAAGGAAGAAAUGAUAAUCUUUGUUCAGAAGGCAAAGUUCCAUUUUAAUAAUUACAAACGGAGCAAGAGAAUGGUAUCCGUGCACUUGUCAGAUGUACUCAUUUAUACAUACAACGAUUCCUGUGUGUCUACCAUAGCUCUAAAUAUGAAGAAGAUAAAUCUUUUGAAUUGUCUCUUAAGUGAAGCAUACCAGAACAACUUCAUUUCGUACAUAGAAAGAAGAAGUAUAUCUAGUAAGAUGAACAGGAAGAACUCAAAACAUGGUGAAUUGAAGAGGACCAACAAUGGUGGUGGUAUUUAUUUUUACAAUAGCGUACUCAAAUUAGUAAACAAUGGAAGCUUCUUGAUUUCUUAUUCUAGCAGAAAUAAUGUACGGAGUGAUUCUCCAGAUAAAUUGCAGAAUGGGUUCUAUCUGAAAGAUAGAAGGAGCAGUCAUCUUUACGGAAAAAUUACCGGAGGGGGAGGGAGUGCACAUGGGGGGGAGAGCACCAUCGGGGGAGAGAGAGGUACUGAUGGAAGAGUUAGGACCGGGACACACGGCGAAGAAUCAGAUGGGGUGCGCUACUUCAGAACAGAUAGUUAUAGACAAUUAAAUAAUAUGUAUGCAGAGAAAGGAGGGAGAAACAUAAAUCAAACAAACCAAUAUAAAAUGAAGAAGAAGCACAGUACUAGUGUCGACUUCGUUCACACAAGCUAUUACAAUAAUUUGAAUACAGAUUAUUUUACGUUUAAUGUAGAGAAGAGCGCAGGUGAUGGGGAAACGAAAUUGUUGACGAGUGGAGAGUUAGCUGAUGAGGAGGGUAUACCAAUUGCGUUAAGUGGAGAGAAUGGUGUAGAUGCUGCCUCUGAGGGAAAACACCCCCCUGGAAAGGAGAACAUGCGGUAUGAGAGCUGCUUGGAGGUUGUGGAGGGGAAGAAGGACCAAGGGGAAGUAGCUGGUGGUAUGGUGCCAGAAACGGUGCCAGUUGAAGCUUCACACAGGGAUAUGGAGACGAAUAAUGAUAAUAACAUGACGGAGAGUGCGUUGGAAGAAAGGCACAGCAACACGAGCAUGCCGCCUAGUGGAUCCACCCCGGAUAGUGCUAAACCGGAAGGAGAGAGCCACAACGGAGAGAAGAGUUCGGAUGGAAGAACCUAUUCAAAGAAUAAAAGAAGAUCGGAAUAUGAAAUAUACAAAGAGGGAGAUGUGAAGAGAGCGAGACGAGUGGAAAGUAAUAACGUGAGCGUCGUGGAUGAAAACGAUGGAACUGAUGAACAUGGAGCAGAGAGGCAGGUGGAAGGCAUCCCCCCCCAUGAAGGAAACAAAGACGAACAUGAAAAGGAAAACAACGAUGGUCAGGAUGACAAUGCCGACGACGAAGAAGAGAUACUGGACGAUGACGAAAACGACGAUAAUGAUGAUGAUGACGAUGAAGAGAAUUACCAUGUCGUAAAAAAUGAAGAAAAUGAAAAUAUAAAAAAUGUUCAGCUUUAUUUGGUGAAUGCAGAAAUGAUUGUAGAUUAUAUGUACUUUCUGAAUCUCUAUAAGUGGAUUUGUAAAUUAGAAAAGAAAUAUGAGAGAAUCAGGAAGAUUUCUUCAUACGCAUAUUCUGAUAAUAACACGAUGGAUGAGAGUAGCAGUGUGAAUAUAACCCCAGUGAAGUACAACUACGUAGCAUUUUUGCAAAACAACAGAAUUUGCGUGCCCAUAUAUCAGUUCACCAUUACGCAAUAUACGUUUUAUGAGAGCGUGAGGUCCAAUUCCUAUGUGUCUCUGCUUCCGAUGCUGGAGAUGCACUUUUCUGCUUCUUGCAAGUGGACCAACGAGCACGACGAGGAGACCAAGUCUAUUCAAGUGCGUAGCCUCGGAAGCAAGCUAGUGAUGCCAGCCUUGAACAUCUACACGCAUAAGAAGAACAAAAAGUGUAGUAUCUGCAUCCUGAGCUUUAACACAAAGGAUAAGGACAAUGAGAAAAUUAUAAACGAACUGAGGUUUGAAAUAAAUGUGAAGAAAAAAAUAAAGUACGAUGACCCACAGGAAGAGCAUGAUCUGAAGAGCAGUGCAAGUAGUUGUUAUGAGAACAUGAAUCUACUCCCUUACUACUACGACCAAAAGUAUAGUUCUUUGAACACAUACUUCUCUGCGAUGACACAGAAUUCUGUGGAUGAUGGAAGGGAGGAUGGAGAAGGGGCGAGUAAAAAUUUUUAUGGAAAGGAAAUUAUAAGCAUACACAACGACCCCCUCAUUAUUAACGUAUCACAAGAUAUUUUAAAGAAUGUGUUUUUGUGCCACAGUAUGUUUAUGUGUUUUCUGGGUGCAUGCACGGGGGUGGAGGGAGACUCCGCCGUUAACGGUGCAAUUAUGGAUGAACAGGAAGGCCAGAAGAGUUUCGUGCACGAGGCACUUCUUUACCUGUACACGAAAGCGCACGACUUGUUAUUUGAAUACCAUCUAGACGAUAUGCGAAUCCACUUCUACGACGGAAAGAGUAGCAGGAACAUGCCAAUCAUAGUGAUGAGUCUAUUUAAUUUGAAACUUUUUCUCCAGAAAGAUUCACACCAUAUAUACAGCUUCUUUAAUCUGCACGUGGACAUAGACGUGUUCGAUAGGUAUAAGAUUGUAUAUGAUAACUUGUUGGAAAAAAUGGAGAUUCUCUUGGCGUUCGAAAAUGAAAGGAAAAACAUAAGUGUGCUAAACUUUAAGUUGGAAACUUCCAUUAUUAACAUUCUAUAUGCGAACAGGAGUAAAAAUAUAAUUAUCGAGUUUGUAAUUUCUUUGGUGGAGAAUGCGCUGAACUUUUUCAAUUAUUACUCCUACGGGAAGAAUGGUAACCCAUUGGUAUAUGCACCAUAUCACCAGGACAUCGGAGGUGGCGAAGUAGAAGGAAUGGUAAGCGAUGGAGCGCUACUUUAUGAUGACCGAGGAAUCGCGGUGCCGAACUUUGCACUGAGCAACGCCUUGGAAGUUGACGACAGGAGAAGGAAGAAGAGCGCAAAGCUAUCUAUGUCCGGUCCACACAUGUCUUCGAAAAUAUAUAACUACACAGGAUUGACUAUAAGCGUAAGAUUUAAACAAUCUCUGAGAAAUAAAAUGGAAAAUACUUUCUACAAUAAUAGGAGUAAAAAUAAAAACCGUUACAUCUUCUAUGAACUGCAGAAAAAUGAACAUGGAGGAUUGCUGAACGAUGAAAAUGGAAAGGUUUGUGAAUUGGUAGUCAUUAUUAAACUUUUUAAUUAUGUGUAUGAAAUUAUUGAAAUUGAAAGGACGAAGAAUAUCUGUGACAUUAGAUUUUUACCAAUUAUAUACCACUUGAAGAAGACGAAUAAGAAGAGAAAAAUCACGAUAAAAAAAUGUGAUCUAACGUACGAUACAUACAAUGAACACACGGUGAAGAAUAAAAUAUUUAAAACAUUCAUUAAACUUUAUAUACAAACUAAUAUCGAUGAGAAGGGCAUCGUGUCGAUCUACUUCUCCUCCAAUUUGUACGUGAACAACACCACUAGUAGUAAGUUUGUAAUUCUCUUCCACCCUAUUCUACAUUACUUUUUGCGCUACAAUGAAGCGCAACAUCAUACUCACAACGAAAGUGCUCACAUAAAAACGGUUCAUAGAGAAGGAGAAGGCAGGAACACUACUACCACCACCACCACCACCAGUGGAGGAGGAGGAGGGGCUGUCACUGUUAUAGGGAAAAGGGAAAAGUACUACUUGCCACUAAUUUCCUUCGUUCCCAUUAUGAUCCUCUUUGAUUAUAUGAAUAGUAGAUGCAAUGAGGGUGAAGAACCCGCAGAAGAUGGUAGCAGUGGAGUAGGAGAAGAUGGAGAAAUGGAUUCUGGGAGGAACAUUCACCAGGUAAAAUCCUGUGUGGAGAAGGAUAUGACCACUCGGAUCAAGCGCAGGAGGAAAAACCACUCUGGCAGUUUCUCCUAUGAGGAUCAGGGCAAUCCCCUUGUAAGUGAAGAUACCAGAGAAAGACACUCCCUUGAGAAACCCUCUCAGAAGGAAGAUGAACUUGCAGUAACACCCACGCAAGGCACACGGAAAAAUCGAAAAAGUCUAUCCCUAUUGAACAAAAGCAGAAUGAGUAAAAAAUUGAAAAGAUUGGAAAAAUAUUUGAACGAGAAUAGCCAAAGCUAUAACCUUAAAAAUAUUAACUACGUGUAUAUCGUGAAGAAGGAAUUUUACGAUUUUUACAUGCACAGAUAUGAAGAAAGUAGGAAGUGCUACUUUGAUGUCUUUAACUUUUUAAUUAAAAGUGGUGCGAAGAAAUUACUGGGUAAUUCUUCCAUUAAGGAGAUUGUUUGUAGACAUUCGUUCGAUUUUUUGAAAUACAAUUUGUACGCUCAUACAGUGAAGUUAAGGGCCAUGAAGGUAAUUUGCUACGAUAGAAAGGGGGGAGGUAAUUAUAAGAAUGAUGAACAGACAGAGAAGGGAACCCAUGGGGGGGAAGUGCAAGGUGCAUUACCCAACAAGAGGGGAGAUGGGUUAGUGACUGCGCCGAUGGGUAGCAUGGUGGCGCUGAAUCAGUCGGCACAGGAGGCGCUCAGUGGAAACUGCAGAAGUGGCCUAUCGAGAAGGGACUCCCUUUGUGAGGGCAAGACACUUAUGGCGAUUAUGAACAAUUAUGAAAACGAAGGAAAUGUCAGAGGGAGUGUGAAAGGUAGUGUGAAGGGUAGUGUGAAGGGUAGUGUGAAAGGGAGUUUCAACGGGAGUGUAAAGGGGAGUGUGAAAGGGGGUUCUGUUGGUCGACCUGACAGAACAAGGCGCAGGUUAAGCGAGCGGAAAAUGAGUAGCCUGCAUAUUGGUAAGGAGCGAAGGAUCUCCACAAUCGGAAGUAUGGUAUUGUACGAUCUGGGGAGAGGUCCAAUGGGGAGAAAGCGUCUGCGGAAUAGUGAGUUAGCCUUAGGUUGGUACCUCCCAAGGGAGAGCCUGCAUCGGAGGGGUAGUGUGGAAUACAGCGGAGAAAGUGGAGAAAGUGCUAACGGUACAGGCAACGUUGAUAAAUCUAUAGGAGAUAAUGUGGAAGAGAGCAACCAGAAGAAUGAGAAUGCCGGAAGGGAUUCGCACACGCUGAGCAUCCAAAACGAGGAGAAAAACAAAAAGCUAGUGUUCACCGCGCAGAAGCAGUGUCAUUAUAGCAACACCAUCAUCUGUGAACAGAAGAAUUUAGAGAUAAACAAGGUGUAUUCGUUCGGUAUUCUGAUAAAUUACAUUUUCGAAAUACACAAUUUGAUGUUUGAAGAAAUUAAGAUUGGUUAUUGUGAGAGGUACGUAAUAAAUAGUGUUGCAAAGAAGGUGAAGAGGAUAAGGAAGGAUGUCGUCUCUGCGAAAUCGGUGAGUUACUUGGAUGUAAUUCCUACCUACAUCAAGCUCUUCUAUGUGAUCCAAAGAGAUAAUUACAUGUAUAAUUUUUUCUCCAAAAAAAUUGAAUUACACCCCGUGAGAAAUACAUAUGAAGAUAAAACGUUUCAAGUUCGUAUGUACAUAGGGUAUAUAAAUGAUAAUGAAAACAAUGUGAUUUAUAAGAAGAGGAGGUUUAAACUGAGUUACCUUCUAUGUAGAAGGAAAAAAUCGAAUAAUGGAAAUAGAAAGAAGUAUGUGUAUUUGGGUUCCAAGGAUUAUGCAAAGCUGUGUAAAGAAAUUCCCAAAUACUUUUUUCUAAAUCUAACUCUUCGAAAAAAAAGCAACUUCACAAAUGCCAAUUAUGAUGAGAACAACUUAAAACAUCUGGUGGAUAGUAACGUAUCUCAGUUGCUCAUAUAUUCUGCUUUUUUCUUUCAAAAUAAUUUGUGUAACGACUUGAUUGUUAAAUCCAGUGGUGGUAAUGCACAGAAGAUAAGGAGCAAUUCGGGCAUGUUCUUUGGAAAUACUGAAAAUAGUAAAGUCGUUUUUGAAAUAACAUCCAACAACCAAACGUUUAUUUCGAAGAAAAUCAAAAUGGACGAAGUGUGUCUCAACAAGAAGAUCAUCCUCACUAGUAAGAAUAAGAAAGAAAAUAUUUUUCUGUCCAUGAGCAUUACCCUUAAUGGCAAGUUCUACAAUACAAAGACAGUUACACUGAACAAUAGAUACACCAUCGUUAACAAUACGAACCGGUGGUUGUACGUGGAGGAGGUAAGCAAAGAGUUUAAGAUGCGGAAAAAGGAAAAGAAGAAUCUUAACUUGAAAUUCACCGACAAUUAUUCCUUCUCCAUGGAAGGCAUGAAUAAUAAGAAGGGUAUGAAUUGCAGUGGUCGUCUUGCAAAGCGGAUUAACAUUACCCCCAGUGAGAUCAGUGAUGAUUCCAUUGAGAGAAUGGAUGGAAGAAAAGAAAGAAUAGAAGCAACCAAGGGAGUGGGUAGUGGGGACGAUUUACCUACUCGUGUUGUCAGAAUAAAGCCAUACGAGUCGUUUUAUUAUCAUCCAACAAAUACAAACAAGUGUUUGCUUAAGUUUUCCUACACGGAUAUAAACGCUUGCAUGCGGGAUGAGAAGUUCCACCGUAGGAAGGGAAGUUACGAAUGCAUGAACAACGAGCAUGAAGUUACAAACCUUUUUAAUAAUUAUUUGAAGAAGAAGAUUAUAAAGUCUAGGAACAUGUCCAUGAUGAAUGGAGAAAAGUUCGGAUGCUUUUCGGAGCGUCCAGAGGAUCUGCGAAACUUAUUUUUUACGAGCCCAGUAGACAUUGAAAAGGUUGGAAAUUUAAAAAUUUAUCACAAGGCUAUUAGUACAGUGGAAUGCACCGACUUGAGGACUGAUGCCUUGGAGAGGAAUACGACCAGUGCAGUGACCCCUACGGAGGGUAUCAUGAGCCCCAGGCAAACGAACGAAAUGGCUGCAGAUAUGGUCCUACUGGUUGACGAUGAUCAAAAAGAGUGUGAUGCAAAAUCAAGGCGUAGUUCGGAUUCCUGCGAGAAUUUCAUAAUCGAUGUGGAUGGACGGGGAGGUCCCCCCCCAACCAGUGGAGCUGUCAUACCAAGUAGUUCACACAAUUGGAUUACGUCGACGACCCGAACGCAGGAAUAUCGAGAGGAAAGUGUGAUAACCCAAGUGAAUAUUGCACUAAAUAGCGACACCAACGUAGAAAUAACAGUAUCUAUAGAGAAAAACCCAGAUACCAUAAUUUGUAAUUUAACAAAGUACUACUUAAUAUAUUACCAACGAAAGACAAAAAAAAAAAUAGUUAAUCUCUUGAAACCAUUUGGACGAGAAAUCUUCGGAUGGUCUGAUGCAUCUAAACCAAAAGUUAUUAAGUGUUUUCUUAUUUGUCAAAAGAACGAAGUGUAUGUUUUUUCAUGUAAUGUAAAUAUAGUGAAGGAGCACAACAACAUCGUCCUGAAGGAGAAUAAGAAGAUUAAGGUGGUAACGAAAAUUGAAAAUGGAAAAAGAGUAUUUUGCUUGGAGGAAUUUUCAAACAAUGGAAAAGAAAAUAUGCAUUCAUUGGGCAUUAUACCCUCUUCUUAUACUUCGAAGAAGAAAGGGUUUAGUCGAUUUAAAAGGAAGAGCAAGGUACAUAAGAAGAUGAACCUAUAUAACAAAUUCCAAUCCACAAAUGAAUUUAAGAAAAUUGAAAGCAUACGAAAAGUGAAAAAUGAUGAAGAAAUGAAAAAUAAAAAACUAACUUUCCUCAACAGGAGGAGAUUUAAUAUUGUCUACAUGAGGAAGAAAAAUCGGAAAAAAAAAAAAAAAAAAAAAAACAAGUACUUUAGUAUUGCAUCGUUCUUUCUGUUGAAAAAUAUGGAUCUCUCUGGCAGACCCAAGGGGGAGAAAGAAGUCGAUGAGGAAAUGGAGCCCAUCAAAGGGGAAAAAGCUACGAAAGUAGUUAUACAGGAAAGUGCCAACCGUAUCUUCAGUCGGACUGGAAGGAACGGGAGCAAGUCCGAAUGGGUGGAAGAUAAGAAGAUAAAGACGAAUUCCAUCCUGGGGAAAAGCGAAGAUAAGAGGUCCCCCCCUGUGAAGAAAUCCUCCUCUAAAAAUAGAAAAUUUUCCUCAAAAAAGUAUAUUAAUCGUUUUUUUUAUGAGAAUUACACUAAGAGGAUGAAGAAAGGCGUGACGGGCAAGAAGAAAAAGAAGAAAGGGGGGUGGCGUAAGAAGGAUUCCAUGGGGGUGGCCGUCCAGGGGGGAGAAGAAGGGGAUGACAACAAUGACGACGACAACAACGAUGAUGAUGACAACGGUGAUGAUGACUUCGAUGAUAAUAACGAUGAUGAUUCCGAUGAUGACGACGACGAUGGUGAUGAUAACGAUGAUCGUGAUGAUGACCACCCAGGCGGGGCGAAGGAGCAGCCCAUGAGCUACCUGGACACAUACCUCAACAAGGAAGGAGAUGAUGGCCCCACCCGGGAGCCUAACCUCCAAACAAAGAAAAAGAAAAGUAAAAAAAAAAAAAAAAAAAAGGAACUCAAAAGGAAGCUGAGCGACUACAUAAUUAAGAAAAUAAAGAAUAACCAGAAGAAGUUAAAAGGGCUAAAGAAAAUUUAUCCGACAUUUCUUAAGGGGAGUGGUGCGGGAAGGCGCAGGAGACGAGAUGAUUUAAACUUCUUCAUGAGGAGCUACGUUGAGGGUAGGGAUGAUCAGGAGGAGGAGAACACAAGGGGUAGCGCCAGAGGAAGAAGGAGAAGUUCUAUUGAGGAGGAAACCAUGUUGGGAGGUGGUAUUAGCGCUGAUGAUCCUAACUAUGGUGAUGGUCAGGACGAUGGUGAUGUAGAUGUCAAUGGAGAAAACUCCCACAGCGAUAGCGUAAGUUGUGGAGGAAAGGAUCUACCGUACGGACAGAAAAAUGUAUCGAAGCAAAAUGGAGGAGGGAGCCAAAUCAUGAAAAACAAAAAGGAAGAAAAUAAAGUGAAAAAAAUUCUUACAAAUAUCCACCUAAUGAUGAAGGGAAUUAAAGUAAGUCUCUCUGAACCCACAUCGGAUUACAUUAUUUCAAUGGAAUUGAACAAUCUAGUUGUGAAGAAAGCAUACAUGGAGGAUAUCGACUAUUUCAACGUGGAUAUAAAGGUGGAUGAUGUACUCUGUUAUGUGGUGUACAAGUAUUUGAGUGCUUAUGCCAUCCUUUACAUUAACAAUGAUGUGGACAUGAAGAAUAGCAAUUUGCGUUUUUUUAUGAACGAGUUAGAAAAUAAGAGAAAUUUAUUUUUAAAAAAAAAACAUGGUGGUAAGAGUGAACGAGCAUCUUCUGCAUCAUGUGCUUCAUCCACAUCUGGUUCUUCUUCCGCGUCUUCUGCAUCCUCCAUCCAAGUCUACAAUCGAAAUGGGCAUAACCUGGACAAGUGUUAUGAUGAUGCGUCGAACACCGAAUUCUUGGUGUGUAACUUCCAAUACAUGAGGAAGUGCGAAACGCUUUUUAUCAAAUAUUUCCUUCUUAGUAUCAAGCCAAUUGUGAUAAACGCAGACAUAAACUCCAUCACCAUACUUUUUUACUUCUACAAGACCUUUGGUAGCUAUGGCAAGAGGAGGGAAACGUCGAGGGAAGAGGCUGUAGUGGUGGAUGGUUUGACUGGGAGAUUGACGAAUGGAGGCAAUUCCCACCGUGUUACUCCCCUCACCGGUAGGAUCGACCAGGGGGGGGGCUCUGCGCAAGUACGGCAACUUAAGAACGAGUUGAAGAACAGUUACCAUACCUCAGUGGAUCCUUUUGAGACCAUGGAGAGGUCAGCAGAGAGGGAUAUGCGGGAUCAAGAGAAGGGAUGGGGAGAGACUGUCGGUCAGGUGGGUGCUGCAUCCCCAGUGAAUGGUGGUCCCAUGAGUGGCGAACUGCUGGGAGGAAGUCCAGUUACAGGUAAUUCUGUUAGCGGUAUUCCUUUGAACGUUGGUAUGUUUCGGGCAACCACCACAUUAACAAGAGAAGAGCGACCCCCCAUAAGCACGAUGCCGGAGAAGAAGGAAGAAACGAGUGGCAAUAAAUACGUCUAUGUGCAGUAUAUCAGCAUCGAUAAAAUAAAUAUUCUCCUGAAUUUUCAAUCAGAAUAUAAAAAGGAGUUAAAUAGCCACGUUAGCAAUUUAUUCUACAAGGAGUAUAUAAGUGCAUAUAACAAACUAGGGGAUAUUUCCAAUUGCAAUAUCUGUUUAAAAAGUUUAUCAAACAUACACAUUUUUACCAACUACACUCUCCUUUCUAACUUUCUUCUGAACUUUUAUUUCAACCAAACUAUCGUAAAUAUAUCCAACCUGUUAAUAUCCUUUAAUAUCAUUGGAAGUCCAACUUCCCUCAUUGCGCAUGUGAAGAAAGCGUUCCGAGAUUUCUACUACAUAGUGAAUGAGGAUUGUGCACUGAGGAAGGGGGGUCGAAGUAAAAGGAAGAAGAAACUGAUGAAGAUGCGCAGACAGAGUUGGAAAGAUAACUUAGCAGAGGAAGAGAUGUACACUAAAAUUCAGGAGAAGGACGAUCUACUAGACUUGUUUGAGGGGUCGAAUGAAAGCUCUCUGAUUGGUGAUAAAGACGAUAUCAUGGCUAACGAGAGGUAUAUUAUGCAUCUUCUCAAUGACUACAACAGAUCCUAUCAGGACAACAUGGUGAGUGAGGACAACCAUCUCAGUAUGAUCAAGCGAAGCGUCAGUUGGAACAUGGUGAAGAAGGAUUACGAUGAGGACGCGUGUAGUGUGAGAAGUGGGAGGAACGUUCAAAUGGUUGGAAGUGGCCGGGGAGGUGUUGGCCCAAUUGGUCGUGAUAGCCACACGAGCGAUGGUAGUGAUGUUGUAGAUCUGUGCGGCGUGGACCAUGUGACUGGCAUCGUGGAUACGUGUGACCUAGUGGGUGUUAGUGGGGCUAGCCGAAUGGGUGAAGAAGAAGAUUUUUACAACAACGGAAACUACCUCUACAGUAGCAAUAUAAGAAGCCGAGAGUUGGAGAACCUGGUUAUCGAUGACAAUGAGUCGCUCAACUCGGUUCUGUUUAACAAUCAGGAGGAUCUAAUUUUAAUGGACGAGGACCGCCGCCGCAGGAGGCGCGCUAGGCGCAGUUCGAAGAAGGAUUCAAAGGGAGAUACCAAAGGUGAUUCCAAACGAGAUUCCAAAAGCGAUGCAAAGCGCGAUUCCAAACGAGAUUCGAAACGCGAUUCAAAGCGUGAUUCCAAGCACGAUUCCAAGCACGAUUCGAAGCGUAAUUCAAAGCGUUCCUCCAAUCGGUCCCAGAACGGAACGAAAAAGGGGGGUAAGAAAAAGAGGAGGUGUUUGCCAUCAUUACUGCGCAAAUUUUUCGGAAAUAUAUGUUACGUGCUUCUAAGGAUAAAGCGGUUCUGCAUAGGAGUGUACGUACUGAUAUUUGAGCUGAUUCUCUCGUUGUUGUUCUCGGUGACGCUCAUUCUGCAGUCCCUCAUCAGCUUGAUAGAAAAAAUAAACAUCAACAACGCAGGCAAUGUGUUCAGAAUAUAUAGAAGGAAAGAAGAAGGAAAAAAAACAGUGGCAUUCAACAGCAGUAAUGAGGAAUACAAAAAUUUGGACUUGACAAAGUUGCUGUCCUACUACGUGAGCAUCUACAUCGGUAUGAUCAGUGUGGUGUAUUACAAUAUCUUCUACAAAAUAAGAAAGAAAAGGAAGAAGGAACUUUCAAGUGAGAAUAAAUUAUUUAUGGCUAGCUUCCAGAUGAAUUUAAAUAAAAAGAGAAGGAUAUCAUUUUUCUUCAAUUUUUUAUUAAGUAUCGUUCAGAUAAUAAAUUUGUUUUUUUUUGGACAUUUGGUUUUCGUCCUCUUGUGCCUACUAACUGUGAAUACAUUGUUCCAAAGGGUCCUUCGUUUUUUUGUCGAGCUAGUAUACAUGCAAAGGAACAAGAAUCAGUUGGAUUUUUUCAACAAGGCCAACAGAAAUCAUCUAAAUAUAGUGAGUUAUAUAAGGAUCCAUCAAAUAUUGAAUAGGUACACCAUGUUGAAGGAACCCUUCAAGUAUUUCCUGUCUUACCAAGAUUUUUUUGAGUUGCCUGCUUUAAAGAAGGUGAAUUAUUUUGUAUACACGAAGGAACUUUUUUUCCACAUCCAGGAGAAUAGAAUUAAUUUUUUAUUCCGAAGGAGCGACUUGAAGAGAAUCGACGUGAUUAUAAACACGGCUAGCAACAGCUUUGCCAUUAAUAGCUACUACAAGCGCCGCGGCCACCGUAUCUCGCGCAAGAGCAGCUCCAGGAACACGCUUUCGCGGAAAACGCUCUCGAGGAACACCCUAUCGAGGAACACCAUAUCUAGGAAUACGUUUUCUAGGAAUACGCUUUCCAGGAACACCCUCUCCAACUGCACCAUCGCUAUGGACAACUUCACUUGCGAAGAUCACCCCAGCGGAGAGUCCUCCCUCAAACACAACACAUGUGCGUCGAACGAACUGAUAGAAAACAAAAAUAUCAUCUGCUUGCUCAACGCUGAACUGGCUCUAACGAAGAGAAACGAAAUAAUCAAUCUUAACAAAAAUACAAACGAGCAGGAUAUCUCCAUCAAAAUUACCAUCCGAAAUAAUAUGAACGUCAUGGAGAACGUCUACUACAGUCCUACUAAGUUUUUUAGAUCCUUUUCAAAAAUGCAGAAGAGGUUCAACAAUAUUUACUUGCCCCUGUCGAAGAGCGGAAAUAACGAACCCAAGUGUAGCACUGCCAAAUGUCAUGGUGGAAAGAAGGAUACACAAACUGGACGGGACUCUUCAGGAAAGAGGAACCGCGGCUGUCUAGGCACCAUUUGGUGCGUUGUGAAGAGCUUCUUCGCGUGCUUGUUUCUAUUCUUGUGUUGUUUGAGGAGACCCAAGGGAAGUGCAUCUCGACCCAAGGGCAGUGGCGCUCAUCAGAAGAAGGGCCCUCAGCAGACGAAUGAAACUUCCAAGGAAGAAGAGGGACAACAGAGAAAUAAGAAAGUACGGAGCAAGGAUUACAAGAAAAUGGCUCCAAAACAUAUCAGCUUUAAGCUUCAUUUUGACGACUUCCAGACGUGCUUAAAUAUUUUUGAAUGUCUGUGUCGGUUUGUUAACAAUAACUAA